ACCAUCCCUUCCUUCCCUCCCCUUCCCUGCCAAACUCCCAGCUUCGCGCUGCCUCGCUGCCGCUGCCGCCGCCGCCGCGACCCCCACUUCUCCGCCAGCAAAGCGAGCUGCUCUGCUCCGGUUGCCUUCCUCCCUAAGCCUGCUCUGCUCGCGGGCACCAGAUUCGGCGGGCAGCGAAGCAGACAGCUCUCUCCGCCCCUGCCUUUUCUGUUUCUUGAUUAGUAUAAUAUCAAUUAGGAGGCUUUUCUUUGCUUUCGAUGGGUGUGUGCGUGCGUGUUGGUAAUUUUGAUUAGUUAGCGGCCCAUCCUAGCCACGCGACGCCGAUCUCCAGGGCGCGGCUGUUCUUGCCAAACCGCAACCACCACUAGCCCCCACUUCGUCCGGUUUUAAUUUUCAAUUAUCUUGGCAGUUCGUGAGCCUUUCGUUUUCUUGGGGCUCCAGGGUUUCGCGUCUCUCUCUGGUUUGGACUUUGAGACUUGACGACGCUCUGGUGAGCGGGUUGAUCGGCGUUGAGGAAGAGAUUGGGCGGAAGGUUGUCGAUGGAGCCGCCGUCUGGGAUUCGGGCAUCUGCCUGGAGCUUCUUCAAGUUCCUGCCUUUCUUCCUUGGCCUUCUCCUCCUGGGGAUCAUCAAAGGUGCUUUGCUCUUCCCAUGGGCAUGGCUUAUCAUGAUGAUCGGAAUCUCUGCACUCGUUCUUGGCUUAUGGCCUAUGCAUGUGAUCUGGACAUACUACUGCAUCAUCAGAUCCAAGCUUGUCGGGCCUGUUGUAAAGCUGCUUCUUCUUGUCGCCGCAUCUGUGAUUUUAGUCUUAUGGCUCAUUGUCGGGAUCGUGGGAAGUGUCCUAAUUGGUGUGGUGUAUGGUUUUCUCGCUCCAGUAAUGGCCACAUUUGAUGCAGUUGGAGAAGGAAAAGAAAGACCACUAUACCACUGUUUUGUGGAUGGAACAUGGAGUACUAUAACAGGAAGCUGUACAGUAGUUAGGGACCUGAAAGAUUUAUUAUUGCAUUCAUAUUUUUCAAUAAUGGAUGACCUUCGUUUUCAUGCACCUCCUGGAGGAGAGCCAUAUGAAAUAAGAGUGCUUGACAUUCCUGGUGCAUUAUUCGCUGCUGCGUGUGGAUUUCUAGUGGAUGGAAUAAUGUUCACACUAAUUGCCUUCUACAAGUUCCCUGUGAUGCUUUUCAAAGGAUGGAAGCGGCUGAUCGAAGACUUAGUCGGCAGGGAAGGACCUUUCCUGGAGACAGCUUGUGUGCCAUUUGCUGGUCUUGCUAUUCUUCUGUGGCCAUUUGCUGUUUUUGGAGCUUUUCUAGCCUCCAUCAUCUCCAGUAUUCCUUUAGGUGCUUUUGCUGCUGUUGUGGUUUAUCAGGAAUCCUCGCUUAUCAUGGGACUAAAUUAUGUAAUAUCAUCAGUGGCCAUCUUUGAUGAAUAUACAAAUGAUGUGCUUGACAUGGCACCAGGAUCCUGCUUUCCCAGGUUUAAAUACCGGAAAAAUGAAGCUUCGACAGAGGGUGGUUCAUUAUCAAGGCCUGCCUCAUUUAAGGACAAGCAAGACGGGAAGAAAGCUCCAUCACGUGUUACAUCGUUUAAGGGCAGCUUUGAUGAGUUCAAUCCAUUUAAGUUGCUAGAUCACCUGUUUGAGGAGUGUAAGCACCGUGGAGAGGUUCUGGUUGCUGAAGGAGUGAUAACACCAAAAGACAUUGAAGAAACAAAGUCAGGAAAAAUCGGGAUUGGAGUACUUAAUGUUGGUUUGCCGGCAUAUGUUAUUCUUCACGCACUCAUUAGAUCUGCAAAAGCUAAUUCUGAUGGCCUAAUUUUAAGUGAUGGUUCUGAAAUAACAUCUGAUAACAGGCCUAAGAACACAAUCUUUGAUUGGUUCUUUGAUCCUCUGAUGGUCAUCAAAGAGCAAAUAAAAGCCCAGAAUUUUACAGAAGAGGAAGAAGCAUACCUCAAGAAGCGAGUGCUGCUGACCAGUGAUCCGAAGCGCCUCAAAGAGGUUGUUCCUCAUCUGCCAUCAUCACUGAAUGAGCGAAAACAAGCUGAAAUCGACGCACUUUCCCGGAGAUUGCAAGGAAUCACAAGGUCGAUAUCAAGGUACCCAACGGCCAAGCGUCGUUUCGACGACCUUGUCAGAUCACUCUCGGAAGAGCUCGAGAGGACAAUGGGUGGCAGCCAAUCUGGCAGUGUGUCCCAGAUGCAGAAACUGAGAAGCGGCAUCAGCCGAAUGCUCAGCCAGAGAUCCAUGGGGAAGAGGACGAGCAACCGUGGUGAUGAUCGGGAGGCGCAGUUGACAAUUGAUCCCUAACAUCUCCAGAAAGUUCAGACAGAAUUUCUUCGUCGUCUUUCUAGAGCUACUUUAGCUGUCUUGAUUUGUACAGAACUGUUUAGACCGGUGUAUGAACUAAUUCUAACCACUCUUGAAUGAAAUGGAUGUUGCAAGAUUCUGUGUUUUUGGAA